UCGGGCACCUGACCCAAAAUGGCGGAUGUAUGCAGACGACGAGUUUUAGCAAUGCGAUGACACUUUUAAUUUGAUAUUUUUUUUACGAUAAACUGUUAAUAAAAACGUUGUAUGGGAUUUCUACAGAUAAUGCAUUUUCCAUAAAGCCGAUUGAUUUUUUUUAUCCGGUUUAUCUGAUCAAAAGAUUAUCAGAAAGGAUUUUUAAACGAGAUUGUGCAAACUGCAGUUGGAAUUAUAUCAGUAUUGUGGACAUUUCAUAUUUAGUGCUCGAGCGGUUCAAGUAGAAGGGAAAUGUUUGGUGCAAUAUUUCAACAUCAAACUUGAAAUAUCAUAAAAGUGACAUUUGAAAAAUCUGUUGGGACUUGAAAUCGGGAUUUUUGAAUUGUCAUCAGGCAUGUGUUACCAGUAGCACCUGGAACCUUCCAAUAGCCCCCUAAACCGGAAGCCAGUGUUGAGGACGCCGCCCCGCCACCAGCAGCACUAUGAGUGCCAAACGGAAGAAGAAGGACGAUAAGCCGCCACCGGCGACAGGGCCCGGAAGUAAGAUUAUCUCCCUGAACGACGCCCUCAAGAAACACAUAAAGAAGAUAGAAGGGAAUAAGGUUCACCUGCAGUUCGGGACAUGCAACAUCAAGUCCCUGCCUAUCGAGCUAUGGGCCAACGAGGAGCUGGCGGAACUCGCUAUCAAACUCAACUGCGAGAACAACCGGAUGAAGCGGCUCCCGAAGUCCGUGGCGGUUCUGGAGAACCUCGAGUACAUAAAUAUCCGGAACAACGCCCUCGGCGCCUUUCCGGGCUCCGUCUCAAGGCUGAAGAAGCUCAUCUUGUUGGAUAUUACAAAUAAUAACGUCAAGAAGCUACCACCCGCCAUACACAAGGCCACCUCCCUCGCCACUCUGUACGCGUCCAACAACAAGAUCCGGGCCUUACCCAAGAAUAUUGGUAAAUCCCCCUCUCUGAUGUAUGUGGAUCUGUCGCGUAACCAGAUCAAGUCGUUCAAGAAGGGAGUUUACGAACUGUCUGCCACAGUGAUCCUGUCUAACAAUAAAAUAACUGACAUGCCUGCAGCCACAGUGAAAAAGCCAAACAUUCAAAGACUCGACCUGUCAAACAAUGGCGUCAACCAUAUCCCAGAAUCCAUCGAGAAAUUGCAACGUUUGACAUGGCUUGACCUUUCCCAUAAUUCACUCGAUGAGCUUCCAGCGGAAAUAGGGAAAGUCAGAUUUUUGCACUAUUUCAAUCUGUCUCAUAACAAUAUCAAGGGUUUACCUGAAGAGAUUUGGAAUCUAGGACCAGCUCUGAAUACUUUCCUACUCGGACACAACGAAAUGGGCGUGUUGCCGGAUGAAGUUCAAAAACUCACAAAACUUAAAGAGCUGGACAUUUCUGGUAAUCAGUUGGAAUACCUCCCAGAAGGACUCAAAGAGUGUAACUGUUUGCAAACUUUACACGCGUCUGAAAAUAAACUAAACUCUAUGAAGUUCGCGGUGUUUUUGAAAUCAUUAGAAGUGCUGGAUGUCGCUAAAAACGGUAUCGAGGUUAUUCCGGUUGAAAUCGCGGGCAUGAAAAACCUAGUGUCUCUUGACGUCUCUGAUAACAAAAUAAAAGUGUUACCUGACUGUAUUGGCAACAUUAAAACACUGAAAAAGUUGUUUGUGGCUAAGAACAAAAUAACCACUCUCCCCGACUCGCUGGGGUACGACCAGGUCCUGACGCACUUAGAUAUAUCUAACAACAAGAUCACGGCUCUUCCGUCGGACCUGCGGAAACUGAGGAAUCUUGAGGUGUUCCGAAUGGCGGACAACGACAUCGCGGCCAUGCCAAAGUCCAUCGACUUUCUUUACCAAAUUCGCGUUCUGGACAUUUCCGGUAACGGCUUAAACGAUCUUCAUGUGCCGAAGACGCUGAACGAGUUUUACAUGUCCGGGAACCCUCUUACCAUCAACUACACUGACCAUCGGUCAGCACUUGUGGUGAUCGGGGACAAGGACCACCUGCGCAAUCUGACAUCCCUGGAGCUGUGCAAUUUGGGACUCGAGGAGAUCCCACCCAGCGUCUACAGUAUGCGCAUGCUCAGACACCUAAAUGUGUCGAACAACAGCAUUAAAACGCUGGGCGACAACAUCUGUAAGCUAAGGGGUCUCGAGUCUAUCGUUGCCGACCAGAACUACCUGUCGUCACUUCCUGCGAACGUGAGCGCGCUCCAAAAGCUUCACAAACUCUCCCUAGCGGACAAUAACCUGGAGGAAUUCUCAGCUGGAAUCCUUAAAUGCAUGGCCCUCGAGCAUCUCAAACUCUCGCACAACAAACUGAAGCUACUCCCUGAUAAUUUCGGUCGGCUAAACAAACUGAUUGACAUGGACCUGUCCAAUAAUGAGCUGCUGUGUUUCCCGAAAGAUCGCAUCGACAUACUGGCGUCUCUACUGUCAUUGAAUUUGAACCAAAACCACAUAGACGAGAUGCCCAUCGACUUUCCCUACCUCUACAGGCUGCAAAAGCUGAAUGCCGGCGGGAAUGACUUAACGGCACUUCCGGGCGAACUAGACAAACUGAAGUCACUGGAGGUCCUUGACAUUUCUGACAAUAUCAUAGAAGUAUUGCCGGAGAGUAUAUGUAAGAUUCCAAAUCUGCGAGAUCUUGAUGUUUCUUCAAACAAAAUUACGCGCGGUUUUCCAAAAGCGUGGGAAAAUUUGCGCUCCAAAGCGAACGUGAGCAUGGCUGAGCAAUCAUCCGUGAAAACUCGGGAACCACGUGAUCGACCCAAGCCAGUUGAGGCCGAGACCCAGAUCAGCCCCAAGGCCGGACGGAAGGGCAAGAAGGGCGGGAAAAGGGGAGCUGCGAAAUCGGCCCCGCCCAUUGCUGUUGCGGCCAGCUAAUGAAUGGCUAUGUAUAGCUGUGAAGGUUUACGUGUAUGUAGGAAAAGGAUUUUAAAAAUACAGCAAUAGUUGUACCUUUUUAUACAAAACUCACUACUAAAGUUAGUUGCCACAUCGCAUAGCAUUAUAUAAUAAAAUAGUAUUACUAUAAUAGAUUCCUGUAUUUUUGUUGUUUUUUUAGCUGUGUUUUCAUGAUUCCGUCCACUGUAAGUCUGUGAUACUAGCUGUAAUUAAACAAAUGUUGCUUUGCAUGUAUACUGUUAAAGCUAUUACUCAAGAUUUCAAUAUUCGUUGUGAUCAGAUGCUUGAUAUUCUGUCUUCAUCAGACGAUUUCUCAUUGCAUUCAUUGAUAUGUUCAAACUAUAGGUGACAUUGUGAGUCAGGGAUUUGUUUUAUUUAAAUAUAUACAUGUACAUAAUAAGUAUAACAGCUAUACUGUAUAAUAGUAUGUAUAAAUUUAUAUCAUAAACUUUUUUCACCCCGCCUGACCGAUAGCGCCAUCUAGGAUUCAAACACGAAUUGGGUCAAUUGUUGACAUUGCAACACUUACUUCUAGUAUAAAUAUAUUAUCAUGCUGUUAUUACUUUUACUAUUGUUGUAUAUGUGCUCUGUUCUAAAGCCUUGUUCUAGUUGAAAAUUAAAUUGUUAAUAUUAA